AUGGACUCGUUUGAGGAAUUAUUAAAGAAGACAACUGGCUCCGUGGAGGAAAAGAUGCAGACGAUUAAAGCACUAUCAAACACUGUGCAAGAGCUGCAGAGAGAAAUCCAAACAUUGAAGUCCAUUGACGUAAAGAGCACUGGUAUAUACACGAGAUGGGGACGACGGUCAUGUCCUGGAACCUCGGAGCUGGUGUAUGAAGGAUUUGCUGGGGGUGGAGAAUACCAGCAAUAUGGAGCAAGUAGUAAUUAUAUUUGUCUGCCAAAGGACACAAUCUUUGAUGGCGAUGGACGAAAAGCGGGUUCAGUAAGCAGAUUUUACGGUGCUGAGUAUGAAACAAGUGAUGCAACAUUUCACGCGGAUUUACAUGACAAAGAAGUUCCAUGUGCCGUCUGCCACGUUAUUGGAAGAAGCGUUGUCAUGAUCCCAGUGAAGAAUGCCUGUUAUAGCGGAUGGCAUACGGAGUAUUCUGGCUAUUUGAUGUCGUCUUAUUACGGCCAGAAAGGGAACAAGGAACUCGUUUGUAUGGACGGAAACCCUGAAAUGGCGGAUGGAAGUGAUGAUGGUAGCCAGAAUGGUGCUUUGUUUUACUUUGCUCAAGCUGUGUGUGGCUCGUUAAAAUGUCCUCCCUAUAGCCCGAACAAGGCUUUAACAUGUGUUGUGUGUUCUAAAUAG